CACAGGCAGAGGGAGAAGCAGGCUCCCUGUGGAGCCUGAUGUGGGACACUAUCCCAGGACCCCAGGAUCACAACCUGAGCCAAAGGCAGAUGCUCAACCAUAGAGCCACCCAGGUAUCCCUAGAAAUACCAGUUUGAAUACCUCUCACUGUUGUUACAAAACAGCUCAUCAUGUCAAACAGAUUGGAUUUAAAAUUAUUAAAAGAAAAUGGUGCCCCUUCCACACGGUCACACUGAGCUGGUCCCCACGCCUGGAAUGGGGCCGCAGCCGCAGCCUCAGCCGCACCCGCUGCCCGCCGCCUGCCAGCGCCUGUGGACCGUGGACCCCUGCAAAGUGAGCAAGCUUCGGGUCUUCGUGAAAAUGUGUAAGCAGGAUCCCAGCGUUCUGCACACCGAGGAAAUGCGCUUUCUGCGGGAGUGGGUGGAGAGCGUGGGGGGUAAAAUACCACCAGCUACUCAUAAAACUAAAUCAGAAGACAAUAUCAAGGAAGAAAAUACAGAUAGUAAGAAGGUGGAGGAAAACAUAAAGACAGAAGAAUCAUCAAGUGAGGAAAGUGAUCUAGAAAUUGACAAUGAAGGUGUAAUUGAACCAGAUAUUGAUGCCCCUCAAGAAAUGGGAAAUGAAAAUGUAGAGAUAACUGAGGAAAUGAUGGAUCAGGCAAAUGAUAAAACAGUGGCUGCCAUUGAUGCCCUAAAUGAUGGUGAACUACAGAAAGCCAUUGACUUGUAUGCCAUCAAACUGAAUCCUCGCUUAGCCAUUUUGUAUGCCAAGAGAGCCAGUGUCUUCAUCAAAUUACAGAAGCCAAAUGCUGCCAUUCGAGACUGUGACAGAGCUAUUGAAAUAAAUCGUGAUUCAGCUCAGACUUACAAGUGGCGAGGGAAAGCACACAGACUUCAGGGUCAUUGGGAAGAAGCAGUACAUGAUCUUGCCCUUGCUUGUAAACUGGAUUAUGAUGAAGAUGCUAGUGCAUUGCUGAAAGAAGUUCGAUCCACGGCCCAGAAAAUUGCUGAACAUUGGAGGAACAACAUUUGCAACAACAUGGAGCUAGAGAGUAUUACAGCAAGUGAAAUAAGUCAGUCAGAGAAAGACAGAUACCGUAUAUUUUCACUCAUAUGUGGAAUUUAAGAAACAAACAAACAAAAAUGAGCAAAAGGUAAAGAGAGGCUAACCAAGAAAAACUCUUAACAUAGAGAACUAAUGGUUGGCAGAAAGGAGGGGGAUGGGUUAAAUAGGUGAUGGGGAUUAAGGAAGGCACCUGUUGUAAUGAGCACCAGAUGUUGUAUAUUGUGCAUCUGAAACUAAUAUUACAUUGUAUGUUAACUAACUGGAAUUUAAAUGAAAACAAAACAAAAUAAAAAGAAUAUUGAGGUUAGACACUGAGAAAGGCAGCAAGCUCUGAACUCAAUAAAAUGGCCUUGAGCGAUUCCCUACUGCCGCACUUGCCCGAUCACUUUUUGUGGCAUACCCACAGAGCUGUGUGGCCAACUAUCCUUAUAUGAUACCUGGAGGAAAUAAAACACCCUUGGACCUGGAUUUCCUUGCAUACAGUUGGCUUUUUCCCCCUGAAUAUCUGGAAAGCCAACACGCUUGUAACUUCUUAAAUAAAC